AUGGUAAUAUAUCAAUAUUAAACUUAGAAAACUAAGAUUAAAUUUUCUGUUCUUCCCUAAACAGUUGUCCCUACUUUUGAUAGAUAUCAUUUUAAGUUUCAAAAUAUUAUAAUUAUUUUCUUGAAUACAUUAUUCUCUUCAACUCUUUAUGUUAAUAUAAAAAUUAUCAAUUAUUUACACCUUUAUCCACAUUAGUGUAAUAUCUCAAAAUUAAAAAUAAACAAAUGUAAAUAUAUAUUAUAUCAUUCUUUCUUAUCUAUUCAAAGCUUAACAAUAUCAAAUUAUUACUCUAAGUUUCAUUUAAAAAAGUAUAUAUGCGAAAAUCAUAAAUCAAAAUUUUAAUGUUGUCAUUAAAGUAGAAAAGACUGAAAUUUCAUAUUUUAAUAAUAAUAAAAUUAAAGAGAUAUUUUCAUUCUUAAAAGUUAUUUAGAUUGAAAUCUUAAAAAAAAAAAAGGAAUUUCAUGUAUAUUCCAAAGUUAUUUAGUAAGAAUUAGAAAAAGGAAUGAGAAUCAUGAUUUUUAUUGGAUAAAAUCUUAUGUAUUAUUAAAGAAAAGGAAGAAAUUUUCUUGUAAGAAUGUGCUUACAUUAUAGUUUAUUAAAUGAUAGAAAUUCUUCAAUAAAUUCAUAAAUAGUAUUAGCUUUCUGA